UGGCAAGGGAAAAGAAGGAGGGAUCUUGCUCUCUGUUGGAGUGCACCUCCCUUGCCAUCUCUUCUGCAGAUUGCCCAGCUGGUUUGGGUUGUGUCUCCUUUGAAACACAUUUGGCACCCCCAAGUGUGCUGCUGCCUCUGCAAUAAGUGCCCAGAACAAGCAAUCCCUUGCAAGUUCCUGGAGGUACAUCACAUCAUGGAGAAAAUGCUGUGGCACCUCUCUGUUGUCUUGCCAUGAUGGCCAGAACAAAAACCAGGAGCUUUCCUCUAUCAUAUGUAGAGUUACUACGUCUGCACAGAAAAGCGAUGGAGGGAAAGAGCUGAGUUAGGCUGAGAAGAAAAAAUGGCUACUGAGAAAGGAACCAAAUUCUCAACUUUGGGUCUUCGCAGUGUCAUCAUUGAGCCGGAUGGAAGGCCUCAAAUCAAAAUGGAAGUCCAAGAACUGGAAUCAGUGAGAGAACAGGAGAGCGCUGGGGAAGACUGCCUGGCUACCAUCCCUGCAGAUGUGGCUCCUCAAAGACUAACAGCAGCCCCAAAGCAAUGCAUUAAACAGGAAUUAUUGGCCCAGGGGCCCCUGUCGCAGCAGUGGGAGGUGCAAUGGCCAGAGCUCCUGCAUGCAUCGCUGUCCCCGACACCUGAACAGAGUGGUCCAUGGUUGCCACAGAAUAGGCUGAGGGAUGAUGCUAAGACUUCUCAACCAUGUUUUGAAGGAGUGGUGGCCACCAGCCACUGGGCUAGAAAUGAAACCAUAGCCAGGCUGAGGCCAAGACUCAGUAAUAGAACAACCAGGGAAACCCAAAACCUAAACUAUGCAAGUGGAAGGGAUGAAGAGGAGCAACCAAGAAGAGACGCCAUCGUCGAUCCCCUCAGUUCAGAACACCAGCGCCAGCGUUUCCGCCAGUUUGACUACAAAGAAGCUGAGGGUCCCUGGGAGGCUUACUGCCAGCUCCGGAAAUUUUGCCAUCAGUGGCUGAUGCCGGAGGCACACACCAAAGAGGAGAUCAUGGAGCUGGUGAUCCUUGAGCAGUUCUUGACCAUCCUGCCCCAAGAGAUGCUGAACUGGAUCAAGGAACGAGAUUCGGAGAGCUGUUUUCAUGCAGUGGCUCUCGCUGAGCAUUUUCUCCGGAGGCAGCGCCAGGAGGAGAGCCAAGAUCAGCCACAGCCGCAGAUGCCAGGGAUGAUGCAGGAGGAGACUUUGGAUUUUUCAGCCAAAGAAGAUGCUUCACUGAAUGUGAACCUCCAGCAGCUCUACAGGGAAGUCAAGCAAGAGCAGGAAGAGGAUGCCAGCCUCGUAGCUGUUGAAAGUGGGAACGAAAAUGAGGAGAUGCUGCAGGAAAGGGAAGAUCCUCCAGACUUGGAAGAAACCAUUUCAAAUCAAGCCGAGCCCAGGAAACCACAGGAACAAGACACAGAGAUCCUUAAGAAUGAAUCCAUCACCUCUGAAGUGGAGGCCCUCAGCGAAACAACAGUCCAGCCUGCAAUAUCCAAAGGAAAGCGACCAAGUGACAGGCUGUUCCACAGCCUCAAUAAGCUUCAGAGAAGCCAGACUGGGGAGGAACUCUACGAAUGCUCUGACUGCGGGAAAAACUUUAUCUCCAGAGCUGGCUUCAUCAUGCACAUAAGAAUCCAUGGUAGAGAAAAACCAUAUGAAUGUUCGGACUGUGGUAAACACUUCCGGCGGAGCUCGCACCUCAACAGCCAUAGCAAGAUCCAUGCGGGAGUGAAGCCGUUUAAAUGUACAGACUGUGGGAAGGGUUUCAGCCGAAGCUCCAACCUUAUUUCACAUCAGAGGAUGCACACGGGGGAGAAACCCUACACCUGCUCCUCGUGCAGCAAACAGUUCUGUGACAAAUCAAGUCUGGUCCGGCAUGAGCGGCUUCAUACUGGGGAUAAACCAUAUAAGUGCACUGAAUGUGGGAAAAGCUUUAGCCAAAGCCACCACCUCAUCACGCACCAGAGAAGUCACACAGGGGAAAAACCAUACAAGUGUUUGCUCUGCAAUAAAAGCUUUUGCGACAGAUCGACUUACAUUAGACACCAGAAAAACCACAACGGGGAGAAGACAUUUAAAUGCCUGGACUGUGGGGAAUGCUUCAGUCGAAACAAACACCUUGUUAGGCAUAGGAGUAUCCACACGGCACGGGAAUUGUAUACAUGCUCGGAUUGCGGGGAAAGCUUUUGCCGUCGGUCGGGCCUUAAGAUGCACCAGAAGAUUCACACUGGGGAAAAGCCGUUCGAAUGCACAGACUGUGGGAAGAAGUUCAACCGCAGUACAAACCUUAUUAGCCACCAGAGAAUCCACACUGGAGAGAGACCCUAUGGGUGUCCCGAGUGUGGGAAGAGAUUCAAUCGGAGGACCCACCUUGUUAGCCAUCAGAAAAUCCACGGGCCGAGGAAAGAAGCGACAGGAAUGCUAGGAGCAGGGGGAGAGCUUCCAUCUGCAGAACUCAAGGGAGGAUAUGUCCCCCCAUCUUAUAUCAUCACAACAAUUGUGUGAGGUAGGCUAAGAGAGAAAGCAAUAGGUCCAAAGUCACUUGAGGGGACUUCAUGGUUCACAUGGGACUGAAUCUUGGUCUGAUUCCAGCACACUAGUCUAGGAGCAAGAAAGGAUGGGUUCUUCAGAUGGUGAUUUUCAGUUACAACUCCUAUCAUCUUUCAGUGUGGUAGCUGGGGGCUAAUGGGAGCAAGGAUGCCACAUCUGGCAGGCACCAUGUUCUUAUUGUACUCACUGCUGUAUCACACUUUCUCACCAAUAAAACCUUACCUAUUAGGCUGCAUCCACACUACAAAAAUAAUCCAGUUUGACCCCACUUUAAAUGCCAUGGCUCAAUGCUAUGGGAUUCUGGGAUUUUUAGCUUUGUGAGACAUUUGUUAGAGAGUUCUGAUGCCACAACAAACUGUAAUUCCCAGAAUUUCUUAGCACUGAGUCAUGCCAGUUAGUGUCAAACUGAAUUAUUUUUCAUGCAUUCAUCUCAUCAUUGCUUGAAUCUUCCUACUAUCAGCUAGAGGAGACCUAUUGAGUCAGUUAUUGAAUGGUGAAUCAAGACUUAUUUAAAGGCCAUUGACUCAGUGGGUCUACUCCAGCCGGGACUAUUCGUAGAUUCAGGUACAUCUUUUCUGGGAAACAGUACAAUACAGUACAAUUUUUGGUCUCUUUUUUCCUUGUGGUUCAUAUAUACAUUCUCUGGCUUUUUCGUUUUCCCCCACUUUAUUUUUGUUCUUUAAUUCUCUGGUUCUUUUGCUCGCAGUUCCUGUCUACUAGUGCAUCUGAUCCAGAGGUGGGAAAAGUUACUUUUUUAUUGCAGCUCUCACAGUGGUUGUACUGGGAGUUGUAGUUUGGAGGGGGGAAGUAACAUUGGCAAAGCCUUGAGACCUCCAAGGUGCAUCCCAGUUUCAACUCACUCCAAAUAAAAAGCAUAAAAGUCCCCCCCUCACUUCUCUCAAUUGCCAGACUGCAAAACCUAGCUCCUAAUACUGUUGUACUACAAGUCCCAUCACUCCUGGUCUUUGUGUGUGUUGGCUGGGGAAUGCUGGGAGUUGUAGUUCAACAUCUGUGGAGCCAUGAUUGGGAAAAACCGAGUCAGAGUGUCUUUUUCCUAAAAUCCUGAUGGGCAUUACACCCCAAAGGCAAGGAAAAGAGAUUUUCAAGAGACAAUAGCAUUUUUUGUUAACCUAGAGCAGGGGUAUGCAACAUUUUUGAGCGGGGGGCCGGGUUGCUGUCCCUCAGACAACUGGGGGGCCGAAGCCAAAAAAAUAAAUAAUUAAAUAUUUUUUAAAGAUUAAAUAAACAAAUAAACCGGGACAAAUGUAGGACAAUUUUUUC